AUAUAUAUAUAUAUAUACACAUAUGUAUACUAUAUGUAUGAAGUGAAUGAAAAUACGAUGUGUAUGUGUAAUUCGUAAACAUAUGAAAGGUGAAUAAGUGCGAAUUUUGUUUAAACAUUUUUUUCUAAAUUAUAAAAACAAUGAAACUUUGAUAUAAUUAGAAUUAAGUGAGUAGAAGAUAAAGGUGACGAUAACAGCUUAAUUUGAUCACAAUCGAUGUUUCCCCAUGGGAGAUCGCUGUUUUAAUCAUUUGAUAUAGUUUUUUUUUUUUUUUUUCAUCAAAACGCGCUAGGAGAUGCUGUGACGUGUCUCUUAUCAUUUUGAUUUAUAUUAGGAUGGUCGAAGAAAAAACUAAAUUUGUCACGCGAAGGACAAACACGUAGAAUAAUAAUAAUAAUAAUAAUAAUAAUAAUAAUAAUAAUAAUAAUAAUAAUAAUAAUAAUAAUAAUAAUAAUAAUAAUAAUAAUAAUAAUAAUAAUAAUAAUAAUAAUAAUAGUAAUAGUAAUAGGAGUAAGAAACAAGAAAAUAAAAAAUAUCGAUGGGGAUUAUUGUGACUCUAAGUUUGACGUGUCAAAUAAAUGAUAUAUUAUCAAGAUUUAAUUGAAGAAAUGAAAAUAUGUUCCAAACGAAAUAAUAUUAUAUUAUAAAUAACAACGAUCGAGAUUUAUUCUGAAAAGAUUUAUAGUUAGGAAGAAUUUAUAGAGCUUUAUGGAUGUGUGAAGUGGAUUUUAAAAGAUAAAAGCUUGUGAAUUAUCAAGAUAAAGGAAGACUAUGGCUACCACAGAAAAGAUCCUUUUAUUUGGCGAGGAUACGAUAAUGAGAUUAAACGACGAUCCAGAAACGAGUGAUUACGAAUUGAAUAAUAGUAUCAAUGGGACAUUCAUCGACAAUCAAAGUUACUAUCAGUUGUCUUACAACGAUUCUCUGUCGGAAGAUUACAUCUUCGAUAGAACUGAUGUUAAAGUGAUAUUUAUCUUACUGUACACGAUCGUUUUCAUUUGCUGUAUAUUCGGUAAUCUAAUGGUAAUACUCGUGGUGACGUUUUCUCGUCGCUUACCAAACAUUACAAACUUCUUCUUGGCAAAUUUAGCAGUAGCAGACUUUUGUGUCGGCAUAUUCUGCGUCUACCAAACUCUAAUAAAUUAUUUGAUGAAUAGCUGGCGAUUAGGUAACUUCCUCUGCAAAGUUUAUAUGUUCGUUCAUGCAUUAUCCUAUACGGCGAGCAUUUUGAUAUUAAUGGUAGUAUGCAUAGAAAGAUAUUUGGCAACGGUACAUCCAAUGAAAUGUAAAUCGAUGUUAACCACAAGUCGUCUAAGAGCAGUCAUUGGUAUUGUAUGGAUAAUAGCGGCAUUAUAUGCUGCACCAAGAUUUAUUUAUUUUGAAACAAUCAGCAAUGAACUGAGCGACGGCAAUGUCGAUAUCAUUUGCGGACCUAAUAUGAAGAAAUACAAGAAACAUGUCUUAGAUGCUUUCAACUUCAUCUUCCUUUAUCUCUUACCACUGGCACUGAUGUCCUAUCUCUAUACAAAAAUAGCUGUCCGUCUUUGGAGAAGCGGUGCUGCUCUCGGUAGACCUGGCCUUGUAGCCGAAACUAGAAAUGGUAGAAUUCAACAUAUUCAUACCUCUUGCAGGAAGGUUCUCAGAACAAGACGUGGAGUCAUAAGGAUGCUGAUUGCCGUAGUAGUAUUUUUUGCACUUUGCAAUCUCCCACAACAAGUUCGCAUAAUUUGGCUACAUUGGGGACCAUAUUACGAUCGAACUUCUAAUUUCACUACUCUACUGACUGUAUCGACUUUCUUGAUAUCUUAUACGAAUUGCUGUCUGAAUCCAUUUCUCUAUGCCUUCCUUUCACGUAACUUCCGCGAAGGAAUGAGAGAAAUUCCUUGCUGCAAAGGUAGAGAUCGUACAGCAGGUGGAUUGGGUGUAACUGGUUGUACUAGUGGAGAAAUAACAAGACAAGAAAACGGGACCAACGGGAAUCUCUUUCCUCACAGUUUACUUGUACGAUUGAGUUCGAUACAACGCAUAUAAAAGAGUCCUUGUACAACGCAUACCAUAUCAAGAAGGAAUACUUAUGAGAAAAAUAUCUAAUGACGAUCUGAUAUACUCAUUAAAAAUAACAAUAUUAAUUUGACUUAUCUAUCUGGGUUUACUCGACCAGAACUUGAAUUCGACAAAUUGGAGAACGAUAACGUAGCUGCAAUUUAAUACUUUAAGAUAUGUUUAACAAUUUGAGAAGCGUGUGAAGAUGAUUUUAAAAGAAAAAAAGAAAUGUCUUAUCAUCGAGAAAUACAUAAAUUAUUUCCAUUAUAAAAUGAUGAUAAAAAAAAGCACGAAAUGAAGUUAAUAUCCAUUUAUAUAUAAACCCUGUAGUUUGGAAAUAUUAUCAAGUCUCAAAGUUCAUAUAGACGAUGAAGCUAAUCAUAGAAUAACCUAUAGAAAACAACAACAACAACAACAACAACGACGUCAUCGGUAUGUGAUAACGAUAAUUUAAUGUGAUAACAGUUAAUUUAUUAUACAAAUUAUAGAACUUUUUUCUUUAUUCCGGAUCGAAUUAAUUUGAAAUUCCUAUAAGAGCUUGUCAAUGUCGUCGCUUAAAGUAAAUACCUAAUACCAGAAAUAACUUUUCUACAUGUUACCUACGUGCUAGAACAUUUGCACGAAUAUGCAUACUACGUAAGUACAUACAUAUAUAUAAUUCAUACGAUUUACGGUAUCAACCGUACACUUACCAUCUACUGUCACCUCCUUUCGAAUGUAUCCGAAUUAAGAACAAGAGUUCAAGCUUUUAUUAUGUAAAAUGUCUACUGAAUAUAAGAUAAAGAAAGAAAGAGAGGAGAGAGA